UGAUCUAUGCUCAUUUCUGAUGUAAUUUCUCAAAAACAUGAACAACCAACACUGCUGGAAACAAACAAUUUGAUAAUAAAUAAAUAAAUAUAUAAAAUAUAUAAGAUUUCUAUAUCUUUUUUAUGUAUUAAAAUUUCACAACAAUAAAUAAAUAAAUAUAUAAAAUAUAUCAGAUUUCUAUAUCUUUUUUAUGUAUUAAAAUUUCACAACUUAGUUCCGCUAUCCACAUAUGUGGACAUACAUUUUUAGGAAAACCAUUUUGUCUUUUUUUGGCAUGUUUGUAAGCGGCUAAAUAUUACACAUAAAAAAAGGGGAAUGGAAAAUACACACAGCAGUCACGCUCUGGUCUCAGGAGGGUAUAAUGGGGCCCUGCCCUGCUAUAUAUCCACUAAGGGGUCCUCAUCCCAGAAAAAUGGAGAUCCCUGACUAAAAAAAAAAAAAAAUGGUGACCAGUUACAGCAACUUAAAUAUACAUUCAAACUUUCCCUUUUUCAUUCAUAUAAAUGUUAAGCUAAAAUAUUGAUGUUGAUAAAAAUAAAGUUCAUGGACAUGUCAGGCUACAUGUCAACUAGUCCUGUAUAUGCAAGUCCUAGAAUAAUGCUUUGACAAACUGUAAUCUCCUGUAAGGUCAUGCAAAUAAAGCAUUGUUGAAGAAAGUAAGUGUGUGUGGGUGUGUGUGUGUGUAAGGGGUGGAGAGAAGGGGCGGUUUGUGGUGGUAAAUACCCGGCUGCAACAACACACGAGCGAACGGAAAGGCCAAAAUUCAUUGUGUUUGUUUGUGCAUUACAGUCAGACAAGCGGACGAGCAGGCCUGAUAAUAUUAUAUUCAGUGUUUAUUGAUCAGGUAUCAGUGAGUGCCAUCAUGCUGUAGAUCAGUGUGUGGCUAAAUUUGUCUGGAUUAGGGCUCUUUAACACAUUUAAACUCUUGGAAUUAGCGCUUUCACGGCGGAUCAUCGAUAGAUUAGUGUUGAUCUCGUCUCAGGAUUUUUAAGGACACUGUUUGUGUGUGUUUUACAGGAGCUCGAUAGCCAACAACAAAAGCGCUAGCACAACCGGCUAGUCAAACACUGGUGCCUUUAGUCAUUUUAUUUUUUAAAUAUACCCGCGAUGGACAUCAGAAAUGGUUUAACGACCUUAUUAAUUAGUUAAAUCGACAUUUCGCCUCGUAGUUGCAUUAAUUCGGUCGGUGGGUUUGAUAUUAGUAGAUUAGAUGUGUAGGUUGACAUUAGCAUUAGCCCGUUAGCAUUAGCGGCUCCUUUGUUGUGAACUGUGUCUGCUAAGACUGGUUUGUGCUUUAAGUUUCGGGAAAUUAUCGUUUUUAUUUAUUUUUUAAUCGGGUAUAUUCUCCUUAUCAUUUAAACCAAGCUGUAACACUUGCGUUUUAGUGAGAUAGAGAUAUUAAAAUAAAGGAAAUGUUGGACGGGUAGUGUUUAAUCAAUAGCAACACAAACUCAGAUUUUGUGUAAAAUAUAACGGUAGUAAAGCUACAGCGUAGCACAUUUAUAGUUUAAGAGCCAUUAUGGCCUUCACUUUGAGCUUAAAGGAGAUCUGUGUAUUAUGGACACAUCUGCUCUUCAUUGUCAUGGGAAAUGCAGUUUCUUCACAACACAGUGAGAAUGUAUAUGUAUCAGGGAUGUCUAACGCCUGUGGAGAUGUGGCUGAGCAGAUCAGGGCAUCCAGUGGAGUGAUAACCAGCCCUGGCUGGCCCUUUGAGUACCCAUCUCGCAUCAACUGCAGCUGGAACAUAAGGGCCAACCCUGGAGAGAUCAUCACCAUCAGUUUCCAGGACUUUGAGAUUCAGAGCUCACACCGAUGUGGUUUGGAUUGGAUCUCCAUUGGAACCUAUAAGAACCUGGAUGGGUACCGUGCGUGUGGCUCAUCCAUUCCGGCCCCAUACAUCUCUUCACAGGAUCAUGUGUGGAUCAAGUUCCACUCUGAUGACAGCAUGACUGGAAAGGGCUUCAGGCUCUCUUACAUAACAGGGAAAUCAGAGGAAGUGAGUUGCAAGCCGGACCAAUUCCAUUGCACUAAUGGAAAGUGUAUCCCGGAGUCGUGGAAGUGCAACACCAUGGAUGAAUGCGGGGAUAACUCGGACGAGGAGCUAUGUCUGCAGCCUAACCCCUCCGCAUUCUUCUCCUUCCAGCCCUGCGCCUUCAACCAAUUCCCCUGCCUCUCACGCUACACCCGCAUCUACACCUGCCUGCCAGAGUCCCUCAAAUGCGAUGGCAGCAUUGACUGUCAGGACCUGGGUGACGAGAUUGACUGUGAUGUGCCCUCCUGUGGCGAGUGGCUGCGCAACUUCUAUGGCACUUUCAGUUCACCCAACUAUCCUGACUUCUAUCCCCCUGGUAGUAAUUGCACCUGGCUGAUUGAUACUGGUGACCACCGAAAGGUUAUCCUACGCUUUAUGGACUUUAAGUUAGAUGGCACGGGCUAUGGCGACUACGUUAAAGUCUAUGAUGGGUUGGAGGAGAACCCCAGGCGUCUGUUGCGUGUGCUGACGGCCUUUGACUCUCGAGCCCCCGUUGCAGUAGUUUCAUCAUCAGGACAGCUUCGGAUCCAUUUUUACGCAGACAAAAUCAACGCGGCUCGAGGCUUUAAUGUUACUUAUCAAGUAGAUGGCUUCUGCCUGCCAUGGGAAAUCCCAUGUGGAGGGAACUGGGGCUGCUACACUGAGCAACAGCGCUGUGACGGCUACUGGCACUGCCCCAAUGGCCGGGAUGAGCUCAACUGCAGCAACUGCCAGGAGGAUGAGUUCCCGUGCUCGCGAAAUGGCGCUUGUUACCCACACUCUGACCGCUGCAACUACCAGAACCGCUGUCCGAAUGGCUCAGAUGAGAAGAAUUGCUUUUUCUGUCAGCCUGGGAACUUCCACUGCAAGAACAACCGCUGUGUGUUUGAAAGCUGGGUGUGUGAUGCACAAGAUGACUGUGGGGAUGGGAGCGAUGAGGAGAGCUGCCCGGUAAUCGUACCCACAAGAGUCAUCACUGCCGCUGUAAUUGGAAGUCUAAUUUGCGGCCUGCUUCUGGUGAUUGCUCUAGGCUGCACCUGCAAACUCUACUCACUCAGGAUGUUUGAGCGCAGGUCAUUUGAGACCCAGCUCUCCAGGGUGGAAGCUGAGUUACUGAGAAGAGAAGCUCCUCCCUCUUACGGACAGCUAAUUGCUCAGGGCCUGAUCCCCCCAGUGGAAGAUUUUCCUGUCUGCUCUGGAAAUCAGGCAUCUGUUUUGGAAAACCUCCGACUGGCAGUUCGUUCUCAACUGGGCUUCACCUCAAUCCGAUUCCCCACCACGGGCCGCCAUGGUAACAUCUGGAGACGCUUGUUCAAUUUCACACGUUCGCGGCAGUCUGGUUCUUUAGCCCUGGUUUCUGCGGACACUGAAGAGGGACCUGCUGGCAGCGGUACAGCACUUGAGCCGGAGCGACUCUGCUCUCACCGCGGACUCCUGCCCCUGGACUCCGAUGACACAGAUACCGAGAGCGAGCACCAUCCCCGCAGGGAUAUCCCUGGAGCUGUUGGAGGCCUAAUGGCCCCGCUUCCACAAAAAACUCCCCCUACUACAGCGGUGGAAGCCAUUGUGUCUGUCUCUGCCAGCUCCGCUCCACUUGUCAGCCGUGAGAACAGCAUCUCUGAGAGUAUCUCAGAAAGUUCGGGAGUGAACGGACCUUCGUGUACCUCUGCCUCUACUGGGAGGAGCCCUUUCAGCAGUGCUCUUAGCCGGGUCAGCCGCAGCCUCCGCUGGAUUCGCUUCUCCCUAGGUCGCUCUGGGGAUGGCGGAUCGAGCAGCAUAGGGCAAAAUCACAGCCCGCUGCGUCAGCUGGAACAGGGAAGUGCAACCUGCACUGGUGUCGGCAUCAGGGGUGAGGAAGAGGACGAUGUGGAGCUCCUUAUUCCCAUCUCAGACGCCGGAUCUCUGGACAGUGAUGAGAGUUCCAGGCCCCUGCUGGAACCAGGCCUGGAGCAAGCCUUGGGGCCUCACCUGGUCUCCACAGUGGUCUCUUUGAGAGGGCGGCUGGUGGGCAGGGAUGGCCCCUGUGAACACUGUGGAAUAGUCCACACAGCGAGGAUCCCUGAUGCUUGUCUAGAGGCAAUGGCGAAAACAGAAACAAGUGAUGAUGAGUCACUGCUGCUAUGUUAAGACUCUGAGGAAUUCCCUGACUUGGUACAUGACCCAUAUGACUCUGAAACACUCCCCUGCUCACAGCUUGCCAUUUCUUUCGUCCCCUCUAGUGGAGCGGAGGUUGAAUAUCUUUAGAUGCGUGUCCUCUGAGAGCUUCAGAGUUCAGGUACUUUUAAAGACCGCUCUGUAUGUCAUACAGAAGAGUACAAGAGCUCCCUGGUCCCCCCUCCACCCCCUCCACUGUGCAAUAUUAUUAUUCGUUGAGAUGUUUACCAGGUCAAAGUCUAUUUUUCUGAAGUCAAAUUAAGGUCACGUAGUGCAGAGGGCGAGCCACUCUACAGUUCUUAAGCCGGGAAAGCAGCGCAAAAAAUUUCUAACCUGCACGGUGUGGAACAAAGAUAGACUGAACAUUCGACCGCUGCCAGAGAUGUUACCUUACCUUUAAGUUAUUUGUCAUUUGAUGUCAGACAUUUCUGUUGCAUUUAAAUAAUAUUCACCCAAAAAUGAAGAUUCUGUCAUUUAUUCACCCUCAUGUCACUCUUUCAUGGAACACAAAGGGUGACAUUUUUGCUGAGAUUUCUAAGCGGCUCUUUUUCUUACAGUAAAAUCAUAUAGUGACCAGAGCCGUUCAAGCUUCUAAAACCACAAAAAAAGGACCAUAAAAGUAGUCCGUGUGACUCGUAAAGCUAUACUCUAAGUCUUAAAGCAUAUGAUUGCUUUGUGUGAGGAACAGAUAGAAAUUUAAGUAGCCUUUUAUCAUUACUAACUUUCAAAUCUCAUUUGUGUUGGUGCACAUUCAAAAAUGGCAUGUUAAAGGAAAAUUCUGGGUUCAAUUUAGGUAAAGCUCAAUCAGUAGCAUUUGUGGCAUAAUGUUGAUUUCCACAAAAAAUAAUUACGAAGCAUUCCUCUUUUUCUUUUUUUCCAAAAAUUCAAAAUUGCGGUUACCGUAAGGCACUUCUAAAGGAAGCUAAUGGAGCCGGUCUAUAAACACUAAAAUACACUUUGUUUCAAAAGAAUAGCAACAUGAUGUAAACAUUAUACCUGUUAACAUGAUUUUAGUGUAAUUAAAAUGGCUUACGCAACUUAUCUGUGUUAUAUACAAUAUUACAACUUUGUUGCCAUGACACCAGGACCCUGUAAUCCCGGUUUUAGAUAUAAGUUAGUUAGCGAUUUUUAUCACACUAAAAUCAUGUGAACACGUAUAAUGUUUGUCUUAUGGCUAUACUUUUGAAGCCCCAUUCAAUUCCAUUAUUUUUUAUUAAAUAAACGAUUAUACUAUUACUUUUUAAGAAACGAGGGAUGAGCCAGAAUUAGUUUUGUAGGAAUUUAUGUUAUGCCACAAUUGCUGUUAAUUGAGCAUAACUUGUUUUAAACCGGGAAUAUUCCUUUAAAGAUGUUACAUAAGGUUUGACAUCAGUAAUAUGAAACAUCAUUGGUUCUUGCUUGUCAACGAUCAGCAUUAACAUCACACUUUUAUUUAUUUUUUCUGGACACACCAUGUUUGAAUGUAAGAAAACAUAACAAAACAUAAGAUUUGAGAGCUGUGCUGCCCUACAAAGGAAAAAUCCAGUUACUGUGCCAACACUGAAACUGGGAAAACUGGCUUCAAGGUAUUUCGCUUUUAGUGUGAAUUUUGUAAUUAGUGCAGCUUUCACAUACGAUUUUUUCUGAAUCUGAGCAUAGUUGAGCCAAAUCUGUCUGUAAAGGGACAGAUUGUUGUCUUAGAGCCCCAAUUUUGGUCAUAACUACAUUUUGACAAAAUAUGCACAGUAAUGUGGUGAAAGAUGGACUACUUUUAUGGUACUUUAAUGGUGCAUGGUAAUCAUUUUUGGAGCUUAACAGCUCUUGCCCCCAUUCCCUUUCUUUGUGUGCAAAAGAGCAGCUUGGACAUUCUGCAAAACAUCUUUUGUGUUCCACAGAAAAAUAAGUCAUACAAUUAAGAAAGAAACGAGAGUGAGUAGAUGACAGAAUAUUAUCUUUUGGGUGAACUGUUCCUUUAAACUUCUAGCAAAAAGUGGAAGAUCACAUAAAAUAAUAAAAAAUGGUACAUUUGUUGAGCUUAAUGUGAGUUUGGUCCCUGCUAGAGUGGUUGUAGGUUUGUUACACACGAUUAUGGCUGAGGGACAUUUAUUUUUAACAGAGUAUAAUCUGAGAGGGAGCUAAUAUUUUUAAAGAAAAAAAUAAUGUACUGUAUAACAGCCACUUUUGUUUGUUGUAUUUAUUGUUUUGUUACCAUUAACUUUUUGGUAACCUUAAUGUUUUGGUACUGAGAAUUCUUGUGUGAGUGUGUAUAUUUAUUAUUGGUUUUCAUUUCAAUAGCGUUUACUUGAAAAGCAUGUCCAGCUGUCUUGUGAUUUUGUUUUUUCCAUUUCAUAAUGCGGUGUUAAUAUAUCUAUACACACAUGCACAAACACACAAAUAUAUGUAUAUAUAUAAAGAGAAAAAGAAAGCUGUUUACUGCACUAAGAGAAUAAAAAAAAGUGUUCAUUCCA